AUGGCACAGAAAGUCCGAUUCACACCCUUCGGUAUUCCGUACGUGGAGGAGUUCUCGAACGUGACUUUCAAAGCCAAGCCAAGCGCCACUCCAAAGCCACCUUUACGCCCGGCAUUGAAGACAUUUCCGUCCAAUACCUCGCUCUCCAACCUGAGCAAUCUGUCCAGCAAUCCGAAACUAUUUCCGGUGGCCUGCGAUACAUUAGCUCCUUUGGAUGCUUCCGCGGGGCUCAGCGUGCGGAGCCCUGUCUUGGAGCCGUCCGCACGGUUGUCCCGCGCCAUCUUCGAUGGAACGCCUGCAGGAGGACUGUACAUUCACUUCCCUCUCCGUCCUGGUGGCGAUCCCCCUACUGUGCCUAAGAAGACCUCUUCUAGUCGUUUGCGACGACUGAGGAAGGCGAUCGCUGAUGCGGUCCGCGCCGCGGGAAUGGACAGUCCACCAUCGCCUGCUGUGUCCAACGAGGCCGUUAUCCCGGUUCCGAGCAUCCGAGCCAGUGUAGCGGAUGCGCUGGCUAAGAACGGCCGCGCAGGAGCCGGCGGCCGGAAACAACCGUCUCUCCGGAUCGACGUUGGCCGUCGAAGCGUCGCGGCACCUCAGAAACCCGUCGAGUCUCAAACAAAACGAGGGUCCCUCUAUCGCGGGACUUAUGGACAGGUGUGCGCUGCGAUUCAAGCAGCGGGUUUGGACAUGACACCGUGCUCGGAUACUGGAUUCGGCGAAGCCACUCGUCUCGGAGUCAUAUUCGUCGCAAGUAACAACGACCAAGGCGGCGUGGAGUUCAGGAAGCUCACGCUUUGGGGUUGA